AUGGGGAACUCGGUGAGUCGGCCCAGCUGCCUGGGCGAGAAGAGCCGGCGGCCGGAGGAGCUCCUGCGGGAGCCAGGGCUGGACGCGGGGCAGCCAUCCGCUGGAGGCGGCACGGAGGCCUGGCCGGGGCUGCCGGAGAAGGCGCCGGUGCCGGUGGAGAAUGGCUGGAGCCCGGUGCCCGGUGCCAUCCGGAGCCGGCCGGGCAGCCCGGUGCUGAGGCGCAGCCAGUCCGAGGUGGCGGGGGGCAGGCGGGGGGCGCAGCCUGGACCCCCCCCCCGAGCCAGCGUUCCCCGCAGCACCUGGUCCUGGAAACCCGUCACCACCCGGGAGGUGACAGAGGUGACGGAGGUGACCGAGACCAUCGUGACGGAGAUCGUGGAGGUGACCGAGUACCCGGCGGGUGAGAAGGGUGGCGAGCCCGUGGUCACCCGGACGGUCACCGUGCUGACGGAGUGCGUGGGGGAGCUCACUGCUGCUGCCUGCGCCGGACACACGGAUGCCGCUGAGGUGUCCUCACGGGCUGUCCCCGUCCCGGAGGAGGCAGCGGAGCGGGGCCAGGAGACGCUGGAGCGGCUGCUGGCCUGGGUGGCCGACAUGGAGGAGCUGGUGAGCAACCAGAAGCCGCCGUCGGCGGAGGCGAAGGUGGUGAAGGCGCAGCUGGAGGAGCAGAAGCUCCUGAAGCGCCUGCUGGAGGAACGGAGGCCGCGCGUGGAGCUCGUCCUGCAGGACAGACUGACGGCACAGGGCUCCGGCACCGCCGCGCCCGAGGGCAGCGCCGGCCUCCUCAGCCUCGGCGAGAGGUGGGACAAGCUGAUGCAGGAGGCUGAAGCCAGGUACGGCUGCCUGGAGCGGAUCCUGCCCGCAGCCCAGGGCUUCCAGGAGGCCGUAGACGCCUUCCAGGAGUGGCUCGGUGCCACAGAGCGGCAGCUGGCCCAGCUCUGGCGCGCUGACGGCUGUGUCGGCCGCGUACAGGACGCCCACCAGCAGACCCAGGCCCUCUGUGAGGAGAUCCGCGGGCGGCUGGGAGAGCUGGAUGGUGCCCUGGAGAGCGGGCAGCGGGUCCUGGAGAUGGUGACAGGGGAGGAGGCCCAGCUGACGCAGGAGAAGAUGGAAUCGCUGAGGAUGAGGUACCUCAUCGUGGGCCAGAGCAGUGCUGACACCGCACACCGGCUGGGGCAGACCCUGGAGGCCUCGUCUCGCCUGGGCACGGCCCCUGAGGACCUGGCACUGUGGCUGAGCCGCAUGGAGAAGGAGCUGGGCGAGCAGGAGAGCCAGCAGGAUGGCCAGGAGCCCUCAGUCACUGCCAGUGACAGGGAGAAGUUUGAGCAGGUCCUGGAGUCCCAGCUCAGCCGUGUGGCUGGGCUGGGUGAGCGACUGGAGGAGAUCGGCCGCGUGCAGCUGGAUGCCGAGGCUCUGCGCUCGCAGCUCUCCGAGCAGAAGCUGCUCUCCGCCGAGAUCCUGCACUGCCGGGGCCUGGUUGAGCGUCUGCUGGGCUUCUCGGAGCCGCUGCUGCGCUGCUGCCCCGAGCCCCUGCGGCAGCGCCUUCAGCCGUCCGUGCAGGCGCUGCGGGAGCGCACGGAGCAGCUCUCGCUGCGCAGCGGCGCCUGUGCCGUGCAGCUGGAGCACGCCCAGUCCCUGCUCACCCAGUUCUCCGAGGCCGUCGAGGAGCUGCUGCCCUGGCUGGAGGAGACGCAGGCCCUGGGCGUGCAGCUCUCCCCCAACGCCAUCAGUUACGAGGCCUUCAAGGAGCAGCAGGCGCUGCUGCAGAGCCUGCGGGAGGCCAUCGCCGAGCACCGGCCGCUGGUGGGGAAGCUGCAGCGGGUGUCGGCGCAGCUGCUGGAGCUGAGCCCGGAGCAGGGAGCCCCGUUCCAGCGGCGCUGGCAGGAGCUGGAGGAGCAGUACGGCCACAUCCGCGAGCGUGUGCGCCAGGCAGCGGCUCUGCUGGAGGAUGCCCUGCCGCGGUACAGCCAGCUGUCGGAGCGCAUGGAUCUGCUGCUGGAGUGCCUGGAGCGGCUGCAGAGCCGGCUGCAGAGCCAGCCCCCUGUCCGCGGCGACGCGGCCCACCUGCGGGAGCAGAUCCGGGAGAACAGCCUGGCCCUGGGCGAGCUGGAGAAGCUCGGGGUGGCCCUGGAGGGCAUCCGGGCGCAGGGCGAGGAGCUGCUGGCCACCAUGCAGGCGGUCAGCUCCGACGCCGCCGCCAGAGGGAUCCAGGAGCGCACGGCACAGCUGCUGGCACAGUGGGGCUGCCUGCGCGGCCGCUGCCAGGAGCGGGAGCGCUGGCUGCGGGAGCUGCUGGCGCUGGCCGAGCGCUUCUGGCACGGCCUGUCUGAGCUGGCCGUGGCGCUCAGUGACACCCAGCAGCUGGUGCUGGGGCUGGAGGAGGCCGGCGGCGAGCCCGAGGCCAUCCGCACACGGCUGCGCACCAUGCAGGCGCUGCGGGAGGAGAUCGACGCGCUCCAGGGUGAGCUGGACACGCUGGGCAGCCUCGGCGUGGAGCUGAUGGCCUCCUGCGGGGACCCCGACAAGCCCGACGUCACCAAGAGCCUGGACGAUCUCUACUCCUCCUGGCACAGCCUGAGCCGGGUGUGGACGGAGCGGAACGGGCGCCUCGAGGAGCAGCUCCAGGCCGCCCUCAGCUACCAGGACACCAUGCAGCGGCUGCUGGAGUGGCUGGACGCAGCCGAGCUGCGCAUCGCCGAGGAGUUCCUGGUCGGCGGCGACCUGGACAUGGUGCAGCAGCAGCUGGCAGAGCUCAAGGAGUUCAAGCGGGAGCUGUACCAGUGCAAGGUGGAUGUGGAGAGCCUGCGGCACCAGGGGGGCUCGGGGCAGGGGGACCCCCCGGCCACCCUCAGCGACUUCCGCCAGCGCUGGGACCACCUGGAGGAGGAGAUCGUCAGCCGACAGCACCAGCUGGAGGCAGCGCUGCUGGGGUUGGGGCAGUUCCAGCACCAGCUGGCAGAGCUGCUGCAGUGGCUGAGCAGCACCGGGGAGCAGCUGCGCGGCCCCGCACCCCUGCGGCCCGACCUGCAGAGCUGCGAGAUCGAGCUGGCCAAGCACAAGGUGCUGCGGACCGAUGUGAUGUCCCACGCGCGCACGGUGCAGUCGGUGACCGAGGCGGGGCAGGGGCUGCUGCUCUCCAGCCUGGGGGAGAGCGUGGAGGGGCUGCAGCGCAGCCUGCAGCAGCUGGGGCAGCGCUGGGAGCUGGUGCGCAGCGAGACCGAGAGCCGGCAGCUGGAGCUGGAGAACAACCUGAGCCAGGUGCAGGACAUCACCCUGGAGAUCACCGAGCUGCUGCAGUGGCUGGAGCAGGUGGAGCUGCAGCUCUUCUGCUCCAAGCCGGCCUGGGGCCACCCGGAUGCCACCAAAGAGAAGCUCAACGCGCACCUGGAGCUGUGCCGGGAGCUGGAGGCGCGGGCCGUGUCCUACCGGGGGCUGCGGGAGCGGCUGCAGCGGCUGCUGGACUCGUGCCGCGCGGGCCGGCCCUGCAGCACCGAGCACAGCCUGCGGCUCCUGGAGCAGAAGUGGGAGAGCGUCCAGGCCGAGGCCCAGGAGAGGAAGGAGCGCCUGGUCGAGGGGCUGACCGUCACCACCGAGUUCCACGGCUCCGCGCAGGAGCUGCUGCGCUGGGUGGCCCACGCCGAGGAGCUGCUGGGGUCCCCCGCGCCCCCCAGCUUCGUCCUCGACACCGUCACCGCCCAGAUCCAGGAGCACAAGGCCCUGGUGAAGGAGGCCAAUGUCCACGGGGAGAAGCUGGGCAGCCUGGAGGCCGUGGCCGCUCGCCUGAAGGAUUUCAGUCGGAAGCAGGACGGGGCCGUCAUCCAGAACCUGGUGCUGGCAGCUCGGGAGCGGCUGGGCAAGGUCCUGCAGCGGGCGGCCGAGCGGGGGGCGAUGCUGGAGGAAGCCCGAAAACGCAGCAAGCAGUUCAGCGAGUCCCGGCGGCUGCUCCUGGACUGGAUGGACGAGGUGGAGCAGAGCCUGGAGGUGCCGCAGGACGCUGCCACCAGCCAGGAGGAGAUCAAGUGCCAGCUGGCUGAGCACAAGGCGUUCCAGAAGGUUCUGCGGGCAAAGCGUCCGGUGUACGAGGCGACGCUGCGGAGCGGGCGGGCACUGCGGGAGGGGGCCCGGCUCCCCCAGGACCUGCAGCCGCUGGAGGAGCUGCUGGGGGAGCUGAAGGAGCGCUGGGACGCGCUGUGCAGCCACGCCGCAGAGAGGCAGCACAGGCUGGAGGAGAAGCUGCUGUUCUCGGGGAAGUUCACGGACGCGCUGCAGGCGCUGAUGGACUGGCUGUACCGCGCCGAGCCGCAGCUCAGCGAGGACGCGCCCGUCGGGGGGGACCGCGACCUGGUCGGGGACCUCAUGGACAAGCACAAGGUGUUCCAGAAGGAGCUGGGCAAACGCGCCAGCUGCAUCAAGACGCUGAAGCGCUCGGUGCGGGACCUGACGCGGGGCAGCAGCAGCGUGGACUCGCAGUGGCUGCAGCGGCAGGUGGAGGAGCUCAGCACCCGCUGGGACCUGGUCUGCAAACUCUCCCUGUCCAAGCAGGCACGGCUGGAGGCGGCGCUGCGGCAGGCGGAGGAGUUCCACACCCUGGUGCACUCCUUCCUGGGGCGCCUGACCGAGUCGGAGAAGACCCUCAAGUACGGAGUCUUCCCCGAGGAGGAGGCGGCCGUGCAGGAGUGCCAGGCCCAGCUGCAGGAGCUGAUGCAGUCCCUGCAGUGCCAGCAGCUGGAGCUGGAGUGCAUCACCUCGCUGGGGGAGGAGAUCCUCACCACCUGCCAUCCCGACUCCGUCAUCACCAUCAAAUCCUGGGUGACGGUCGCCAAGAGCCGCUUCCAGGAGGUGCUGAGCUGGGCGCAGCAGCAGGGCGAGCGGCUGCGGGCGCAGGCGGCAGCGCUGGCGGCCGAGCGGGAGGAGACGGAGCAGCUGCUGGACUGGAUCACGGCGGCCGAGGAGGCGCUGGGGCUGCGGGACCAGGAGCCGCUGCCGGAGGAGGUGGAGCAGCUGGAGGAGCUCAGCGCCCAGCACGCGGUGUUCAUGGAGGAGCUGAACCGCAAGCAGCCUGACGUGGAGAAGGUCACCAAGAGCUGCAAGCGGAAGCUGGCGGUGGAUCUGGGCCCCCCGGCCACCCGAAGAUUGGCCACACGUCGCCGCAGCAGCGGGAAGGCGCAGGGCACGGCGGCGGUGCCGCUCGGGGGGCUGGAGCCCCAGACACCCCUGAUGGCGCAGCUCCUGCACCGCUGGCAGCAGCUCUGGCUGCUGGCCCUGGACCGGCAGUACCGGCUGGAGACGGCCCUGCAGCGCCUGCGGGAGCUGGAGGAGUUCGCGCACUUUGACUUCGGGGUCUGGAGGAAGCGCUACAUGCAGUGGAUCAGCCAGAUGAAGUCCCGUGUCCUGGACGUUUUCCGCGGCAUCGACAGGGACCAGGACGGGCGCAUCAGCCAGCGGGAAUUCAUCGAGAGCGUCCUUGCCUCCAAGUUCCCCACCAACGUCCUGGAGAUGAAUGCCGUGGCCACCAUCUUCGACAUGAACGGCGACGGCUUCAUCGACUACUACGAGUUCGUCAGCGCCCUGCACCCCAACCGCGACCCGCUGCGCCGCUCCGCCGACGCCGACCAGAUCCAGGACGAGGUGAACAGGCAGGUGGCCCAGUGCAACUGCGCCAAGCGCUUCCAGGUGGAGCAGAUCAGCGCCAACAGGUACCGGUUCGGGGAGUCCCAGCAGCUGCGGAUGGUGCGGAUCCUGCGCAGCACCCUCAUGGUGCGGGUGGGUGGGGGCUGGAUCGCCCUGGACGAGUUCCUGGUGAAGAACGACCCCUGCAGAGUGAAGGGAAGGACCAACCUGAAGAUCAACGAGAAGUACCUGUCCUCAGACGUCUUCGGAGCCGCCGCCGCCGCCACCCGGUGUGCAGGGAACCAGUCGGCCGCCUCCUCCAAAGUGCUGUCCCCGAGCCGCUCCAACUCCAGCCUCAGCCUCUACAGCAGCGCCUCGGCUCCCAGCAGCCCCCUGGCCAGGAAGUCGGUGCUGCGGAGGACGCGCUCGGGGGAUCGGUGUCCGCGCUCCCGGGGCUCGGGACUGCCCGACGGAGCCGAGCUGCAGUUCAGUGCGGCUGAGGAGAGCCUGGCUGUGGCCCCCCCAGAGCCGCCCGAAGGCUCCUCUCCGGAGCGCUGCAGCCCCUGCCGCUGACCCCCGCGCCCGCCCUGCGCCCAGCACCCUCGGCCGGCCCCACUCAGGACCCUCCUCCGCCAGGCUGGAGGACGGCGAAGCCUCGGCCGCGCCCCCCGCGGGUCUCCGGCCCGGCGCUGCGGCCCCCCGAGCGGG